CUCUUUCUUGAAUUCUCUUCUUCCUCGUCUUCUAUAAAUAGAGCGCAUAGUGAAUAACAUUUUAUCCAUCACUUCAUUCACUUGGGCUUUGCAUCAUAAAUAAAAAGAGUGUUAUAAAGAGUUAAAGAAGAUGGUUUCCAAGGCUUUAGUUAUGUUGGGUCUAUUUGCAGUUCUUCUCGUUGUCUCAGAAGUUGCCGCUGCCUCCGGUACAGUGAAGUCAGAGAGUGAGGAAACCGUGCAGCCUGAUCAAUAUCAUGGUGGAGGAGGUUACAAUGGAGGAGGGCACAACGGAGGUGGAUACAAUGGAGGAGGGCACAACGGAGGAGGAUACAAUGGAGGAGGUCGAGGAGGUGGUUACUGCCGUCACGGCUGCUGCUACAGAAAUUACCGUGGAUGUGUAAGGUGUUGCUCGUAUGCUGGAGAAGCUGUUCAGACUCAGCCUGGUCACUAAAUCAAUAUAAUAAGUUGACCACCAUGCGUUGCAUUCUAGAUAUAUAUACACUUAUGUGUGUAUGACUAUAGGUAAACCAUGGUGCGUUUGUAAUGAAAAGUGCCUUAAAGGAUACUAAUGGGAAUAAAGUUUCAUAUUGUAAUGACUUGGAGUUUGAGUUGUAAUUUGCGAUUUUUGCAUAAUAAAAUAUCGUCUCUAUUUUCUAUUAUUA